CAACUCCUGUUCCAUCAGUGGAGAUUGCGACAAAGUACAACUUGAUGGAAGAAACUUUUGGUGAAAACUGGGCUAAAGAACCAGCAGAUAAAUAUUUAGCGCCGUCUUAUUGCACAAUAGAGUACGCCAACACAAAUCAACUACAGCAGGAUCAUCCCUGUGUUAUCCGUUUGAUUCGCGAGAGUUACUUGCGCCAACCUGCACCGAAAAACGUGCCCUAUAACAUGAAUCAUUCUGAAACGAUCGAUCCCUCCGACGGGCAAUCUAAAGAGAUUUUGCGACUCCUGCACAAUCAAACUAAUGGUUUUUUCAUCGAAUGCGGUGGAUUCGACGGUGAAUUUAUUUCCAACACCUUGUACAUGGAGCGCUCACUCGAAUGGAGUGGAUUGCUGAUUGAAGCGGACAAGAAAGCGUUCACUCAGCUUAUAUCUCGCAAUCGCAAAGCGUUCACCUCGCCCGCUUGUCUCAGUACAAAACCGUUUCCCAUGGAAGUGGUCUACAGUGGUACCGCCGAAACGUUUGGCGCCAUUAUCGAGGAGAAAGAUGUUAAACAACCGCAAAGCCAGCAGAAAGACACAGAAAGCAUUUAA